AUGCUUUUACCUUCUAGCUCCAAGAAAGAGAAAGUCAUCCAGAAAAAGAGAGCGAUAGUAGACAGUUCAAGCAGCGAUGAAGAGGAAGUUGAUACUAACUUUUCUUUGGCUUCUAGUUCUUCACUGAAUUUAUCAGAAGAAGAAAAACCUGAAGAUACUACUAGCGCAAACCUCAGAAGCUUCCAGGUUCUCUACCCGAAAAAGAUGAUUUUGUUUCAGUUGAGUACGAUGGUGAUUACUGCCGGGGCAGGUGGUUACAGUAGAAAGCGAGGGAGCCUUUAUAAAAUGCAUGGCAAAAUGUGGAAAACUGUGGCGAUGGCCAGAAAAGGAGGACUGCAUAUUGUAUGCCAAAAACGAAAUUAA